GCCUUCACUUUCCCUCGCUCCCUCUCUCUCUCCUCGAUAUAUCCGGACACAUAAAUUCCGUCCCACCCUGCGCGGCCUCGCCCUACGUAAAGAUGGCGGCGCGCCUUUUCCCUUGUGCCCGCCUCCAAGAUGGCGGCGCCCUUUUUCGCUCCUCUCUAGAGGCGGCGGCGGGGCGCUCCCCUGGUGGCCGCCUAUGCCGGGUGGGUGAGGGAAGCUGUUCCCAUGGCGUGUGGGGAAUGCAACGCUUCAGCACCUGCUCAGGAUCCAGCACGCAGGAACAUCAUCCACUUCCAGCACAGAGAACUGAAGUGCAGAUAGCAGAACCCAACUGCAGGGUGGUGAAUCAUGAUUCCAGUCACUGAAUUGAGAUACUUUGCUGACACUCAGCCAGCAUACCGCAUCCUGAAGCCAUGGUGGGACGUAUUCACGGACUACAUCUCCAUAGUGAUGCUGAUGAUUGCAGUGUUUGGAGGGACACUUCAGGUCACCCAGGACAAAAUGAUUUGUUUGCCCUGUAAAUGGAUUACCAAAGACUCUUGCAAUGACACUGUCAGAGGUUGGACAGCUGUAACUCCAGAACGUAUAUACUAUAACUCUAGUCUUGUUCCCUCUGCUGAUACAGGGCCCACAGGGAUCCAAUAUGAUUUGGACCGGCACCAGUAUAACUAUGUGGAUGCGGUGUGUUAUGAGAACCGCCUUCACUGGUUUGCCAAGUACUUUCCUUAUCUGGUGCUGCUACAUACUCUUAUCUUCCUGGCUUGUAGCAACUUCUGGUUCAAAUUUCCAAGGACCAGCUCCAAGCUGGAGCAUUUUGUGUCUAUUUUGCUUAAGUGUUUUGACUCUCCAUGGACAACAAGGGCAUUAUCUGAAACAGUGGUGGAAGAGAGCGAUACCAAGCCAGCAUUUGGGAAAAUGAAUGGCUCCAUGGACAAGAAAUCCUCCACAGUCAGUGAGGAUGUGGAAGCCACUGUUCCCAUGCUGCAGAGAACAAAGUCUCGAAUUGAACAAGGAAUUGUGGACCGAUCUGAGACAGGUGUCUUGGACAAAAAGGAAGGUGAACAGGCCAAAGCACUCUUUGAAAAAGUGAAAAAGUUCCGUACGCAUGUGGAAGAGGGAGAUAUAGUGUAUCGCCUCUACAUGAGACAGACCAUCAUCAAAGUAAUCAAGUUCAUUCUUAUCAUCUGCUAUACUGUUUAUUAUGUCAACAACAUAACAUUUGAUGUUGACUGUAAGGUGGACAUUGAGAGCUUGACUGGCUACAGGAUGUAUCGCUGUGCUCAUCCUUUGGCCACUCUCUUCAAAAUCUUGGCAUCUUUCUACAUCAGCUUGGUUGUAGUCUAUGGCUUGAUCUGCAUGUACACGCUCUGGUGGAUGCUGAGGCGAUCACUCAAGAAAUACUCCUUUGAGUCUAUCCGUGAGGAAAGCAGUUACAGUGACAUUCCUGAUGUGAAAAAUGACUUUGCUUUUAUGCUCCAUUUGAUUGAUCAAUACGACCCCUUGUAUUCCAAGCGCUUUGCUGUCUUUCUGUCAGAGGUGAGUGAGAACAAGCUGCGGCAGCUGAACCUCAACAAUGAGUGGACUUUGGAGAAGCUGCGGCAGAGGAUCACAAAGAACUCUCAGGAUAAGCUGGAGCUGCAUCUGUUCAUGUUGAGUGGCAUUCCUGACACGGUCUUUGACCUUAUAGAGCUGGAGGUCUUGAAGCUGGAGCUUAUCCCUGAUGUCACCAUUCCCCCAAGCAUUGCUCAGCUCACCAGCCUUAAGGAACUUUGGCUUUACCACACCGCUGCCAAAAUUGAGGCUCCAGCCCUGGCCUUCUUGAGGGAGAAUUUGAAAUCUCUCCACAUCAAGUUCACAGACAUCAAGGAGAUUCCUCUUUGGAUUUAUAGCCUGAAAACACUAGAAGAGCUUCAUCUGACAGGGAAUCUGAGUGCUGAAAACAACCGGUACAUUGUAAUAGAUGGAUUGAGGGAGCUGAAGAGGCUGAAGGUGUUGAGGUUGAAGAGUAACCUCACCAAGCUGCCACAGGUGGUGACAGAUGUUGGUGUGCAUCUUCAGAAGCUUUCCAUCAACAAUGAGGGCACCAAGCUCAUUGUUCUCAACAGCCUUAAGAAAAUGGUCAACCUGACAGAGCUGGAGCUGAUCCGUUGUGACUUGGAGCGCAUUCCUCACUCCAUCUUUAGUCUCCACAAUCUGCAGGAGAUAGACCUGAAGGACAAUAACCUCAAGACCAUUGAGGAAAUCAUCAGCUUCCAGCACUUACAUCGUCUCACUUGCCUUAAAUUGUGGUACAACCACAUUGCCUACAUCCCCAUGCAAAUAGGCAACCUUACCAAUUUAGAGCGCCUUUACCUGAAUCGUAACAAGAUAGAAAAGAUUCCUACCCAGCUCUUCUAUUGCAGAAAACUUCGGUAUUUGGAUCUCAGCCACAACAACUUGACUUCCAUACCACCAGACAUAGGACUUCUUCAAAACCUGCAGAACCUAGCUGUGACAGCCAACAGGAUCGAGAAUCUCCCGCCGGAGCUGUUCCAGUGCAGGAAGCUGAGAACCUUGAACCUGGGAAACAAUGUGCUGCAGUCACUCCCAUCCCGUGUUGGAGAGUUAACAAACCUAUCACAGAUAGAGCUGCGAGGGAACAGAUUGGAGUGCCUGCCAGUGGAGCUGGGAGAGUGUCCUCUGCUGAAACGCAGCGGGCUUGUGGUGGAGGAGGACUUGUUCAACACUCUGCCCUUGGAAGUCAAAGAGCGGCUGUGGAGGGCAGACAAAGAGCAAGCCUGAACCCUUGAAAGAGGGGGAGGAACCACUGACCAACAAGAAGGAAACACAAGGCCAUUCCAGUACCCUUUUUCCCAGAUCCUCCUCUUCCUCUUCUCCAAUCACUAUCGAACUAGCCAAGGAGUCCCUGAACAAUGAUGACUCUGAGGCUGCUGCUUGCCUCGGGUGCAGGAUGUGGAAAGCUUGGGAUCAGGAUGAGGAUCAAGACAGGUUAGAUGGCUCCUGAGCAAGGGCCAGUAGGAGUAAGAGAUGUUGCUGCUGUUUUGGACUGGAAGCGGAGUGAAGUGAGUGGUGUUGGUGAAAAGAGAUGAUCUCCUUUGAAUGGAGGAGAAAAGGAAAUGUGGGGAUUGCUGCCUUGCUUCAAAGGGGAAUUAUAGUGUCAGGGAAUGAGUGUCCUGCAAGCAGUGAUCAAGAGUCUAGGAAACUUCCAGUACCUCCUUAUUUGUGACACCUGGUACUAUUCCCCUCCAACUCAGCAAUUCAGUAAGUGAGGCCCCACAGAUUGGUAGGGAUAGGAUACAGAGUUGAUUAUUCUACCUAGAUGCUGGCAUUGGGAUUUUGGGGGGUAAAUUUAUCUGAGACAUCAAUUUGGAUGCAGGAUUGUGUUUUGUUACAAAUUGUCUUUUCCCCCUUGUAUUUGACACCCUGUUUUCUUCCCCUGGGGAAGGAGUUCUCCCUCCAGAACUCCAUCUGUGCAUUAGAUUGCACUUUUUAGCAGUUUCAAGUCACUUGUGCUGAUGAGUUAAUCACAUAGCAUCCUCUUCUCCAACUGAUGCAUUGGAGGCUCUAACCAAAAUAAUUCCAGGCCUUUAGCCUAGAAAACAAAUGAUCUGGGUAAUACAAAAGAUCUGGAUUAAAAGCAGUUGGUCUGCCUCAUCUGUUUUCCCAGAAGCACUGAGUUGCUUCAUGAUCUUGGCUUUUAAAGUUUUCAAGCUGCUUUUAAGUUCCUGAUGUUCUGUCACGUAACAAAUGCAAAUGUAAAACCAGUGUGUCAAGAUGUCCCCUGGGGUUCGCAGUGUUUAUAGUGAAGAGGAAUAACUCGGUUUUCCUCUGCCCCUGCCCAUAAAGCUGUUAGAUUUGUUGCCAACUUUUUUUUUUAGGAACAAAAUCUACAGACCAGCUUGAUUGUUUUCUUGUUGUCUUUCACCCUUCAGCAGCUGUCAGUUCCUGUUAACCUCUUAAGUAAGAGGCUAAUGCUGAUUGAACUUGGUGCUGGAAAAGUAACCUGUCCUAUUCUUCCCUGUUUCAUUCUGCUGUUGUUAAGGAGCAGUGUGAGAAUCCUCUGAGGACUGAUCUCUAGAUCCCUUGAACAGAGCAAUCUUUAUUGAAACAAGUCUGACCUGUUUGGUAUUGUUUGACAAAAUCCUGCACGGGGUAGAUAACCUGUGAUAGCUGCUGCUACUCAUGUCUCGAGGUGGAGUGGUUAAGGUGUGUCUCCAAUACACCCUAAGUCUGCCCUUUUCCAUCAGAAGGAAUAGGAGGCUCAUGGACUGCAGGUCCUGAUUUAAUACUCCGCAUCAAGCCAGCAGGUUGUCUCCAAGGUAGAGUGCUGCAAACAGGCACGAAAUGUUUGGAGGCUUCCUGCGUGCACAAAGGGAGGAAGCUGCAGCCAUCUCUGAAGCAGUUCCUGACAGACUGCCAGUGAGAGUGCUGGCUUAGCAAACCCUGAUGAUCCCUUGGAUGUUGGUGCAAUAGGGCGCUAUGGCUUUUCUCAUGAGAUGUAAGAUAUGAAAUAUACACACUAAACAUGCUGAAACCAUGAACAAUGUUAACUGGGCUCUGGAUUUGUUGAUGUUCAGAUGCUUAAAUAAAGCUGUAUUAAAAUCUAGGAAA